GUGUUUGUGUCUGCGCAUGCGCGGACCCGUCGGCAGCAUCUUUUCAUCCCAUCUUUUGUUUGCUCAAAUUUAAGCAACGAGCUCGAGCGCACGUAAAGGAAAACACAGCGGUUUCUCUCAACAUGACGUCACGUGUAGGUCCAAGACCUGGUGGGACCAAUGGAAGUGAAUUUAAACUCAGAGAAAGGGGGACCCCACCUUACCAGAUGAGUGCUUCCCUUAAGUCAGAGGUGCGGAAGUUAAACUUGGUUCACCUUCUCAUUUGGCUGCUGGUUGCUGCUCAGGUGGUCGUCAGCCACUUCAACCUGGUGUCACAUGACAUAGUGUCCAUGCCGUACCAGUGGGAGUACCCCUACCUGCUCAGCCUCCUUCCUCUGGUCGGUAGCAGUCUUUCACUUCCAAAGAACAAUAUCAGUUACCUGGUCUUGUCCAUGAUUAGCGCAGGGCUGUUCACCAUGGCACCUCUUAUUUAUGGUGGAAUGGAGAUGUUUCCUGUCGCGCAGCAGCUCUACCGUCACGGAAAGGCCUACCGCUUCAUUUUCGGAUUCUCCGCAGUGACUGUUAUGUACCUCAUCAUGGUGGUUGCUGUUCAAGUGCACGCCUGGCAGCUGUAUUACAUGAAAAAGCUGCUAGACUCAUGGUUCAAUGCCACAGAGGAGAAGAAGAAGAAAUAGUGGAGCGAUGAAAGUUGUGACUGGGAGAAACUGUGUUUUCAUCUUAAUUUAUAAAUCUGUUAUGAAACUUAUUUAGUCAUAAAUAUCAUAGAACAUAUAUUAUAAACCAGUGUUUUCUCACAAAGAUGCAAAAUAGAGCAACAUUAACAAUUUAUGCUGGAAUUUAUUUAUUUAUUUGUUUAUUUAUUGUCAUUUAUGGAUAAGUGUAAUUUGAAUUCAACCAUCCUUGCACCCUCUAUAUCACUGGGUCAGGACUGCUACUUUAAUUCAAAUUGAGAAAGUGGUCCUUUAGGAGCAGGACUCAUUAUCAAAUAAAUAGGUUGCUUAUAAAUACAUAGGCUUCUACUGUUUGUGUUAAAGUGACAUUAUUUUAUUUAGUCUCCACAUGUGCUUAUGUUUGCUCCUUCAUUACGUCUUCCUCUUUAAAUAUCAUUUUUAUCAUUAAUAAAGGAAGUAACCCACGGUAACUGCAUGUAUUGUAUUAUGUUUUCAGGUAUUUUACCUCAGCAUCAGAUACCCAGUCUGUGCACAUGGAUAAAAUAUUCAUUGUAAACAACAUAAAUACAAAAUAA